UCAGACGCCUGCGGCACCAGCCCCCUCUACGUUGACGUUAUCAACCGGCGGCCCUGUCCGUAAGACCACCCUCUCGCUGGUGCCCUCCGACCUUCUCUGCCUGGUAUAUAUAGCCAGAGAGGCUUCCAGAGGUCUCCUGGCAGCCAACAUGAAGGUCUUACUCACGUUCUGCUUCGCCGUGCCUCUGCUGCUUCUGGCCGCGGCAGAGGAUGAAGCCAUCCUGGAAUCCAUCCUGAGAGACAGAUCUCACAUCGAAGACACCCUACGGCUCGCAGCGGAUGAGAAAUCAGGAGAUUAUGCCGCUGCAUUGCAGAGGUUGAGGAAGAUCUACCACAGCUCCAUCAGACCCAUGGAACAGGCCUACAAGUACAACGAGCUGAGACAACAUGAGAUCUCAGCCUAUCCUGGACGCACGCUGGGGGAUUCAGCCACAGAUGGAGAAAUCACCUCCAAACCCAUGGUGCUGUUUCUGGGACCCUGGAGUGUGGGCAAGUCCUCCAUGGUCAACUAUCUGUUGGGUCUGCAGGACACUCCGUACCAGCUGUAUACAGGUGCUGAGCCCACUACCUCAGAGUUUACCGUCAUCAUGCACGGUGAGAAGAUCCGUACGGUGGAGGGCAUCGUCAUGGCUGCCGACAGCUCUCGCUCCUUCUCCCCCCUUGAGAAGUUUGGCCAGAACUUUCUGGAGAAGCUGGUUGGAAUCGAGAUGCCCCACAAGCUCCUAGAAAGGGUGACGUUCGUGGACACGCCUGGAAUCAUUGAGAACCGCAAACAGCAGGAGAGAGGCUACCCAUUCAACGACGUGUGCCAGUGGUUCAUCGACCGCGCAGACUUGAUCUUCGUAGUGUUUGACCCCACCAAGCUGGACGUGGGUCUCGAGCUGGAGAUGCUCUUCCGGCAGCUAAAAGGUCGAGAGUCUCAGAUUCGCAUCAUUCUCAACAAGGCUGAUAGCCUGGCAACGCAGGACCUCAUGCGCGUCUACGGCGCUCUUUUCUGGAGCCUGGCGCCCCUCAUCAACGUCACCGAACCCCCCCGCGUCUACGUCAGCUCCUUCUGGCCCUACGACUACGCCCUUGAAACCAGCAUCGAGCUCUUCAAACGGGAAGAAAUCUCUUUGCUGGAGGACCUCAACCAGGUGAUCGAGAACCGGUUGGAGAACAAAAUCGCCUUCAUCCGUCAGCACGGCAUCCGCGUCCGCAUUCAUGCCCUCCUGGUGGACCGCUACGUGCAGACCUAUAAGGACCAGAUGAGCUUCUUCAGCGACUCCGAGAUGGUGUUCAAGGAGAUCGUGGACGACCCCGACAAGUUCUACAUUUUCAAGUCCAUCCUGGCCAAAACCAACGUCAGCAAAUUCGACCUGCCCAAUCGAGACGCGUACCGCGACUUCUUCGGGAUCAACCCCGUGAACAGCUUCAAGCAGCUGUCGGCCCAGUGCUCCUACAUGGGCGGCUGUCUUCUGGAGAAGAUCGAGAAAGCCAUCACCCACGAACUGCCCGCCCUGCUUAGCAGCAUCAACUCCGGCAAGAACCCGAGCCUGUCCUCCUGCGAGGCCACCGGAUGCGGGGAGAAGCCCAAGAACCGCUACCGGCGAAACUGAAAGGAAGAGCACGAGGUAGGAGGAAGACUGGAGGAGAGAGAACGCGAGGAGGAGCCAGAAACAAAGACGGAGCAGUGGAGCUAAUCCUGCUCCUGCCGCAGGUCCGUUUCAGUGGAGUCGACUGAGACGGAUGUAAUGGGACUUUUAUUUUCUUCAGACGAGUGAAGAGGUUGUGUGUGGGGGUGUUUGAGGGAAGGGGAUUGUGGGAUACCGGGUGGAGGGAGGUUUUGAGGCGGAGCUUCUUGUGAAUGUGAGGAGAGUUCUCUUCUUCUUUCCGCGCCACUUUUAUAAACUGCAGCUUUCGGAGGGAAAAUGUGUACGCAUGAGAUGACAAAAAAUGGCUGACACACACUUAUAAAAAUGUAAAAAAUAGCAAAAAUAAAAUGUUGUGAGACUGAAAAUGGGUAUCCGCUGCCUUGAAUGUGAAAUAUGAACGUUUGCUUUUAGAUUUUGUAUCCAAAAAACAAAGGUUGUCUUUUUUAAAACAUAGCCUAUAUUGCCAAUAGAUUAUAAAGUCAUGUUAUACAAACUUUUGCCUUGAUUUAUUUACUUAAAAUAGUUACUAUAGAUGAUUUUUCUCUUGUCUGUGAUAUUCAUAAGCUAAAUCUUUUGGUUUUACGCCGUAAAAAGCAUAACUCUUUUCCACCACAUCCCAGAUAGCACACUCCUUCUGCAUUAACGUCUUCAUGACAUCUGCAAUACACAGUUCGCUCCUCUGCAAUACGUCUCGGAGACGUCUAUACGUCUAUAAUACUUCUGCAAUACGUUUGCUAAAGAUCUUGAAAACAUCUGCUGUGUAAAAACAUCUGCUAAACAUCUUAGACAAAGCAGUUUUACAUAUAUUCUAAAUCAUAAACAUCUUACAGACAUCUUAUUGAUGUCUAUAUGCCGUCGGACAGCAGACGUCUUCGAGAUGUAUGGCAGAUCUAUUAGCAAACUAUGUAUUGCAGAUAUAAAUGCAGAUGUCAAAUAGAAGCCAGAUAGAGUGUGCUAUCAGGGAUGUUUUCAGUGAUAUCAGUGAUGAUAAGCUGCGUUUGAUUUCUCUUGCACAUUUCCAUUUACUCGCAUUGUAAACGGCAGUCUAUCUAGAAUUCCACAUUUUUUAAACAGGUCUUAUUCAACCGUUGGGGUUUGCUAGAAAAGUUACCUAUUUAAAAUUACCGUUAUUUAUUGACUGUUUCCUCAGAAAGCCAAGAAAAGCUUUUUGUCCCCGGUUAUGAUUUAUAAAGCACACUUUGUAGACCUCUGUGAAAAAGGGGCGACAGUUUCUUUCAACUGGAGCGACUUGCAAGAGCAAUAAAAAUGUUGUUAACA